AUGGUGCACGAUACCGAACCAAGUCUGCAAUGGAAAUUCCACUCCACGCCUGUGCUAGACGUCAAGGCGGCAACGGACAAAAUCAGGAAGGGUGAGUCAAGUCACACCUUCCAAGGUGGAGAGUUAGGGCUUGUUUCUCGCUAUGACGCUGUUCAAGUGGCAAGCAACAGCCCUAUCGAGGACGUCGCGGUUUCAUCCAAGGUUGACGUCGGAAAUGGGCAAACCUGGCAUGCCUGGGCCAUUUACGAUGGACACAGUGGUCGUCAAACAGCUGCAGUCCUGGCACAUAGUCUGAUCCCUUAUGUGGAACGUUCGUUGCAAGCACAUUUCAAAUCACCGUCGCCUAGUGGGGACAUCGAUAGUGCAAUUAUCGCUGCAUUCACAUCACUAGAUGACGAAAUAAUCGCAGACGGCGUCGCUGCAUUGGGCACUGCCAAAAGCCAUGCUGAAGUACAGGCGCGUGUAGCGCCAAGUUAUGCUGGCUCCUGUGCCCUCCUGGUGCUGUAUGACCCUGUGCAGUCGGUGAUCUAUGUUGCCAAUGCCGGAGACUCGCGUGCAGUGCUGGGCAGUCGCACUUCUGCAAACGACAAACUUGAAUCUGUUGCAUUAUCAACGGAUCACACUCCGUACAACGCCGCGGAGGCCGAGCGGAUCAAGGGUUUGCAUCCUGACGAACCCAAUUUGAUCACCAAACGAGAUGGGGAUGUUUCAAGUGAGGAUGCCGUCUACGGCGUAGGCAAAUGGCUUGAAUCGGUGAAAACCGGUACUCUGGCAGCCAUUGGUAGCGGAAAUGCCGUUUCAGUCGGCGGUGGUCCAGCAGUUGACGAGCACGCAGAAAGGAUCUCGUUCUGGGAGUAUUGGAAGACAAAGUCUGAGUGGUUUGUUUAUGAAGACGACAACGCUGCCACGCAUUUGGUGAAAAACGCCUUUGGUGGUCGCCAGCGACAGCUUUUUACUGGUGUUAUGACUGUCGACACGCCGGUCAGCAAGACCAUGCGAGACGACGUGACUGUCCAGGUCGUGUUUUUCGGGGAGAUAUGA